AUGAAUGAAGCUGGGCCUUUGCCACCACCUUGUGGUACACCAGAGGAUAUCCACCCUGCAGCCGUCAAGGGAUUCAGUCAGGAAGAACUUUAUGACCGCAAAUGUCCAGAAUAUACCAACUCAACUGUGGAUUUUAUUAAUGGUUUACUGUUAUCUGUGAAAGGGGAGGAAAACAGAGAAAAUCCAGACGGCUACGAUGUGGUAGAAGUUGGCAGUGGAACUGGCAAGUUUACCCUCAGUUUUCUCCGCCGGAUUCAGAAGCCAAUCAGAUAUCUGGCGACAGAGCCUCUGGGUAAUAUGCUCGGAGUUAUCAGGGAGAGCCGCCCCGAUGUGUUCACCCUGCAGUGUGCCGCACAUGCUCUGCCACUUCCGGACGCGUCUGCAAAGAUGGUCAUAGCUGCACAGUGCUUCCAUUGGUUUGCUGAUCUGUCUAGUAUAACAGAAAUACACAGAGUUUUGGUCCCUGGUGGGAAACUAGUGUUGAUAUGGAAUCAACGGGAUCUGUCCGUACCGUGGAUUGGUCAGGUGGAGGACAUUUUGGAGGAUAUUUACAUCAAGUGUAAUGCAACACGUCAACAAAACCCUGCCUGGAAACGAAUUUUUGACACAUACACUGGGUUUGAAGAGCUAAAUUACGUUUCUCUACCAAGACCACCUAUAAAAGGAAGAGUAGAAGACAUCUUGGCUUACUUCUCGACUAUAAGUGUGCUGUCUUUAUCAGAAGAAAACAUGGCCGCUGUGUCUGAAUUCAUCAAAACACACCCAGAUUUACAAGGACAGGCAGAAAUCACCGUGCCGUUUACCACAGAUAUCUACUGGUGCAGUAAGAAGAUAUAA